GUGUGGCAAGCUAAAACAAAAGCAACAACGUUUCUAGUUACUUUUCAUGAAUUAUUAAAAAUAUUGGCCGUAGUUAAUCUUAUUUAAAAAGACCUGAGUGCGCGCAAUUGUAAUUAACAUCCCGCUACAUAUUAUCAGUUAAAGUGUAAGGCUCAAUUCAUGCUCUGGCUGAAUGAAAGUGUGCAAAGUUGUAGUUGUAUUUCUGCACAGUGAUACCAAAAAGCGGCCGCUCAAAUGUGGCGUUUUAUAUGUUAUUUUUGGAUGAGUAUUUAAUGAGAGCAGCAGCAUGGAAAGCGAACGACUAUGCAUUCGACUGGACAAUCCAGAACGCAUUUUCUAUGCCGGGCAGGUUAUACGCGGCGAGAUUUGGAUGAAUCUCAACAAGCGUACCAAAAUAAGAGCAAUAAAAAUUCAGGUAACUGGCAAAGGCAAAUGCAAAUGGAUGGAAAUCUUGCGCAAAAAUUCCAACAACAAUGAGUACACGCGCAGCCUCUUUUACACCAGCAAAGAGAUUUACGAGCAUAGCGAAACACCGCUUCCCGAAUUCGAACCGCGCGGCCUGGAACUGUCGCCCGGCGAGCACACUUUUAACUUCAAUGUGGCACUGGGCCGUCAGCUGCCUUCGAGUUUCCGGGGCAGCUAUGGCAGCAUUAAGUACAAGAUGCGUGUACUCAUACAAAGACCCUGGACCUUCGACGAACGCCACACCAUACCAUUUUCGGUGGUAAAGAAUAUGCCCCUGCCAUCGACAUAUCGCAGCAAUCCCACUCCGCUGGAGAAGCAAAUCACCAAGACAAUUAGCCUGUUUGGUACGCGACCCAUUACCAUGUUGGCUCUGCUGCCCGAGGACUUCGCUGUGCGAGGUGAACCGUUGCGCAUUUGUGUUACCGUCAUGAACAACAGCACGACGAAUGUGGAGAAGCUGCGCUUCAACAUUUUGCAGUACGUCACCUACUACAGCCAUGUGCCGUUGCGCGUGCAAAAGGUCGAGUGCAUCGCGAUUGCCAACAAGGAGACGGGCGCAGUCGCCAAGAAAAGUGAGCGCAGCUUUGCCCAUGAGCUGCUCAUGCCGGACACGGCACAGCCUACGGAUGAGCAGUACAGUGGCGUCAUAACCAUAGCCUAUGAGCUGCGUGUUGAGGCUGUGCUGCGCGGCUUCUUUAAGAAUUUGGUGCUUAACUUGCCUUUCAAGGUGUAUUCACAGGAUGUGUCUGCCAGAUUGGGUUGCGUGCGUCCAUCGCUGCCACCGCGUCCCGACGACGGGCCACCAGGUCCGGACGACGCUGCCGUCACACCAGGCAAUCCCUUUGAGCCGACUGCUGCUUUGUCUGUGUAUCCAACGCUAGAUUCUUCCAUUGGCUCGCCUUCGCAUUCAUCGGUAUACAGCGAAUGCAGUUCCCUGAACUCAACCACAUCGGAUUCAACGCUGAGUCCAGCAGUUGGUGGCGUCGAGUUGUCCUACACAUCUGGCUCGCAAUCUUCACAGUUCGGCAGCCCCUCGGCUCGUGCUAGCCUGCGCAGCAGCUCGAAUGUGCCCUACAUGCCUUACUCAUCUAGCCCACUGAUGGUGCAGUCCUAUCCACCGCCACAUUUACCACCGUAUCCAUUGCCCGAAUCGCCGCAGUACACGCUGCUCGCUCUGACGCCUCCGCCAGCGACGUCAGGUGGACCACAGCCGCAAGCUGGCGGCGGCUAUAGCCAAUUGCCAUCCACCUCAGCAGCGUCCGGAUCUUACCUGCAGUCACGGCAAAACGGCGGCGCGCAGGCUUUGCCUCCCUCCUACGAGGAGCUCUUUGGCAGCGCCAAUGCACCGCCGGAGUCGCCCAAGUGAGAUGCAAUCAUUGCCACGCCCCUAUGUAGUUCAUUGCCGCCCAGUUAUACCUAAGCUUUGCCCAGAAACGCUUCAGGUUUACUUUAGAGUGCUAACAAGCAUAACUAUUAACUAUAUUCUGGAGUUGUGUAUCUCAAUCAAAUGUUACAAAACGUAUCUCGAAUGAGCAAAUCGUAACGAAACGAACAAUGCCAUCAAAUUUUCACACAAAAACAAACACACAAUGCGCAUUAAAUAUAUGUGUAAAAAAGUUUUGAUCAAUUACUUAUUGAUAAGUUUCGCAUUAGCCCCUAAGAUAUCCGAAUGUAAUUUUGCCUAAAUGCAACAGCAAAAACCUUGCCUUUGUAUGGCUGAUUAGACUCGUUUAUACUAACGCCAAUUUUGUGUUCGCACCUUUUUAAAAGGCGUGGUAGCUACAGACGUUCAAUAACUACCGAAUAGUUAGCUUGUUGGCUUAAAUAAAUCGUGACUAGAUUUAAACCAUUUUAAGCGAAUAUUUUAAAUUAGUUAAACGAAA